AGGCGCCGGCGAGCCGGUGAAAGAUGGCGGAAGGCGGCGGCGCCGACCCGGGCGAGCAGGAGAGGUCUUCGGGGCCGCGGCCCCCGAGCGCGCGGGAUCUCCAGUUGGCUUUGGCAGAAUUAUAUGAAGAUGAAGUGAAAUGCAAGUCUUCCAAAUCCGAUAGACCUAAAGCUACAGUCUUUAAAAGCCCACGAACACCACCUCAAAGGUUCUAUUCAAGUGAACAUGAAUACAGUGGAUUACAUAUAGUUCGACCUUCAACUGGGAAAAUUGUGAAUGAACUUUUUAAAGAGGCGAGAGAACAUGGGGCUGUCCCUCUAAAUGAAGCCACAAGAGCUUCUGGUGAUAACAAAUCUAAGUCAUUUACAGGUGGAGGAUACAGAUUGGGUAAUUCCUUUUGUAAGCGGUCUGAAUACAUCUAUGGAGAAAAUCAACUGCAAGAUGUUCAGAUUUUGCUUAAACUAUGGAGUAAUGGUUUCAGUUUAGAUGACGGAGAACUGAGACCUUAUAAUGACCCACCAAAUGCUCAAUUUCUGGAGUCUGUUAAAAGAGGAGAGAUUCCCCUGGAACUUCAGCGACUGGUUCAUGGUGGCCAUGUGAAUUUGGAUAUGGAGGACCACCAGGAUCAAGAAUACAUAAAACCUAGAUUGAGGUUCAAGGCUUUUAGUGGAGAAGGACAAAAACUUGGAAGCCUUACCCCUGAAAUAGUCAGUACACCUUCAUCUCCAGAAGAGGAGGAUAAGUCAAUAUUUAAUGCGGUUGUUCUUAUUGAUGAUUCUGUGCCAACAACAAAAAUUCAAAUCAGAUUAGCAGAUGGGAGUCGUUUGAUACAAAGAUUCAAUAGUACACACAGGAUCCUGGAUGUCCGGAACUUUAUUAUACAGUCCCGUCCUGAAUUUGCAACUCUUGACUUUAUUCUUGUGACUUCAUUUCCAAAUAAAGAGCUAACAGAUGAAAGCCUGACACUACAAGAAGCAGAUAUUCUUAACACUGUGAUACUUCAGCAACUAAAAUAAUACAGCUCCUAUCCAUGCAGUAGCAUGUAGGAAAGAUAAUGUACCAUAAUAAUAAGGAAAAUACUUAUAGCAUUAAGAAAACAAACUAUUUUUUAUUAUUUAUACAGAAAAAUUUCGGUUUUAUUCUUAUUCUGUCUUCCAGCCUUAGUAUAGAUGAAUUUGGACCAGGAAUAGAUUUUGAGAUAAAUGUUUGAGUUUUUAGUUGCAGGGCUGGUUUAUGUUGAUAGCUUGUAAAUAUUCAGGCAAACCAAUUUGUUACAUGCUCUGGGUUAAUGUAACAACAUUUGUUUGCAGAGAAAAUGAACAAAACCCCAUUUUGAUAAAUGCAUUUGGUAAAAUUUGCACUAAAGUUUCUUGAUGGUGCGUUGAUCAACAGCUAUCAAGAAAUCCUCUGAUCAAAUUGAAAUUUUUGCUGUGAUUAUAUUGAAAAGUAUCUGUAUUCUGAUUUUGAAAUAUGUUGAUCAGAUAAUUUCCUUCUAUUAAGAUUGUAUGCGUCCAUCCGUACGUGUCCUUUAUACUUACUGAUUUAGCUCUAUUACUAGUGUCAAAAAAUACAGUUUGGCCUUGUAUUUUACGGAACUAUGACUAUCAUAAACCAGAAACAGACAGAAAGGUCAGCAGUUCUUGAGAAGAUCUCUUAAAUAGCACUUUAAAAUAGAGUCUCUCCCAGAGUCUGCCUUGAUCACAUUCAUUUAUUUAUUCAACACAUUUUUCUAAGGGACCCACUGUAUAUACUGGACACUAUUCUAAGUGUUCAACCCAGAAUGUAUUCUACUCCAGGGCAAAAUGAGUGUACAACUUCAGAAAUGUAAAUUCUGUCAACCAGACUGGGCCUAAAGGAUUACCAGCAAAAAUAUUUGCAUUUCUGCCAAAGCCAGGUGUUUCCUGAAUGAGGUAGGCUAUAUCAGGAAUGAUAGAAAGCCUUUUUCUUCCUCCCAGAUACCAUUUCAUCUUUGGUCAACACUCCUAGUUAGUUUUCUGUGGCUGCUGUAACAAAUUACUACAAACUUAGUGGCUUAAAAUAGCACAAAUUUAUUAUUUUGUAAUUCUGUAGGUUGGAGGUCUAACAUGGGUCUCACUGACUAAGAUAAAUAUUGACAAGGCUCUGGUCCUUUUGAGAGGCCCUAGAGGGGCAUCAUUUCCUUGUGUGUCCAGCUCCUAGGGGCCCCCUUCUCCCAUCCUCCAAGCCAGUACUCUUCUCUGCCAUUACAUCUCUUUGACAACAGCCAGGAAAAGUUCUCUGCUUUUAAGGACUCGUGUGAUUGGGCCCACCAGGUAAUUCAGGAUUAUCUCCAAAUCACAAGGUCUGUAGCAACCUUAGCUGCAUCUUUAAAGUCCCCUUUACUAGGCAAAGUGACAUAUCACAGAUUCCCUCUGGAGGCUGCAGAGGUGAGUCUGUUCUUUGCCUCUUCCAAGGAUGUUAACAUCCCUUCACUCUAGCUGUAUCUCUCCAAUCUCUGCUUCUGUCUUGACAUCUUUUACUACCAACUUUAUUUCUCCUGCCUUCUUCUUACAUGAUCCUUGUGAUUAUAUUUGGUUUACCUAGAAUAAUUACCAGAAAAAUCUCAUCUCUAAAUACUUAAUCACACUGGCAAAAUCCUUUUCUUGUUUACAUAGGAAGCCGUUACCAUACCUACAUUACCUAGGUAUGGUAAUGAGAACAUGAAUAUUUUGGAGGUCAUUCUGACUACCACAGUCCACACCUGCCAAGGAUUCACAUCGAUUCUGCAUAAAGCCACCCCAUCUAAAAGUAUCAACCAAUUAUAACAUCAAAGUGCAACAUCUUACCUAAAAUUCACCAGCUCAAAAAUCCGAAACCUCAUUUAAAUCAUCUAAAUCAAAAAAAAUAAAUAAAUAAUAAAUAAAUAAAUAAAUAAAUAAAUAAAUAAAUAAAUAAAAACAUCUAAAUCAAGUAUAAGUGAGGGUCUUGGUAUGAUUCCUGGGACACCGUUUCUCUCCAUCUGUGUACCUCUGAACAUAGAAAACCAGUUAUCUGUUCCCAAGUGUAGAUAGGACAUUCCUUUUCAAACAAAGCGGAAUGAAAAGAGGAGCCACACACACUCUAGUAGAUGUUAAAUCCUGGGAACAGUCUGGCAGCACUAUUCUAGGCUUUUGAUGUCCUCUCAGAGUCCUCUUCCCUUUUUCAUGAAAGGUAGCACCUGUUUGCAGCUGAGUAGUUUUCUCAGCUUAUUUCUUACCUGUGGAAUUGUGGGAAGUCCGGCCAUCUUUGGUUUCAUACCACCACCAUCUUUUUCAAUUUAGGGGAGCAGUGUGUGGCAUAACAUUCUCCAGAAUUUUGUGGAUCUUGUGUGCCUGUUGGGAGGAUUCAGUUCUUUAGACUGGAGGCCCCUGCACAAAGCAUUCCUAGGUAGUCCCAUCUCUUAUUUUUGGCUUUUUCUGAGAAGGCUGAGAGGAUCUAUGAGUCCCACCCUUAAUGCCUUCAAUGAACUUGUGGUGUGACAGAAAAUUCAGGCCUUCCCCAGGUAUUAACAGAGGGAUGUAUGACUGUACCCUACUCUUGAGCUGGUUCCCUGACAGUGAAUUCCUUAACUGUAAUGUCUUCUGUCAGCUGGGUAAGCUAAGAAUUUCCAAGUCACUGGGUCCUGUUUUCUUUAUAUUUAACCAGUUCUUCACUCAAUUUAUCUAUCUCCACUCACAUUGUAUUCUGACCAGCAAGAGGAGAGCAGGGCACACCUUGCACACUUUGCUUAGAAGUCGCUUCAAACCAAAUGUCUUAAAUUUAUCCCUUACAACUUCUGUUUCCACGUAACUGCAGACACCACUAUAUAACCAGUCUCUUUUCCUUUACUUUCCAAAGCAUGUUACUCAUUUCCUACGAAGCCCUCUUGGCAGCACCUUUAAUGUCCUUUUUUCUUAACAGCCUGUUUAGGACAAUUUACAUCAUCUCCAUGGCAAUUUAGGUGCUCUCUACCAUGCUCUUUACCUUCCUUCAGCCCUCACCAGCAUUAACAUCCAUAGAUCUGCUAACAGUGUUCAAAGCAAUCCUGCCUCUUUCUGUCAUGCUCCUAAAAAUUUCUUCCAGCCGUCUACCCACUGUCUCAUUCCAAAGCUAAGCCCUCCUUUUCAGGUGUUCAGCAGCGCCCCACAUCCAGGUAUCUGGGAAAGUCUACUAUGCCUAUUCACUGCCACUUAACUUGAAUGUGCCAAUAGGAGAUUUGGAAUUCAGCUUCUCUGGGAGCUCCGUUUAUUUCAAGGAGGUGACCUGUGGUCAAGGUUUUCCUACUGUCAAGUGCUAUCAGAACUACCACAGGAUAGAAGUGUUGGAUCUCACCACCACAGAGAAACUGGUUCUCAGUGUCACAAUGCAGAGUGAGAAGAUUAUUCCUAAAUCUUAGAACAGGAAGCCAUGCUCCUCUCCACCAGUCAACAACUUGGAGAAUAUAUAAAUAGCAGUUCAGAAUGUUACCAGGAAUAAACUACAUUUUCAUAGGAGCAAAACCAUCUUCCUUAGGAAAUACUCUAUCGAAACAAAUGAACAUUUUAAAUAAGAGGGCACUGCCCUAUUUUGGAUUAACAAAAUGGGGUGAGGGGAUUAACCAAACCCUGUAAAAGUGUUUGAAAUGUUAUGCCUGUAGUUUCUUUUUAUCAUUUAGAUGGAGUGCCCAUAGAUGCACGUACAAAAGCAACUGCCAUUUUUGUAUAUGAUAGUCUUCCAAAAGGUAGAGAUUCAUAUUAGGAGGGAUAAUUAAACAUUCAGAACAAUACUUUCACAUGUACUACACAGUGUUUUGCUUCAUUAGAGUUUUCCUGAAUUCUUUUUUACUAUUGCAGUCACCGUAACUUAUAAAGUUUAUAGUCAUCCCCAAGGAAUUAUGUCACAAUGGGCAGGUAGAGAGCCAUGUGUGAGGUCAGUUGUUUUGCAUGACAUAUGUAAUCAAAAAAUUUCAAGUGUCUGGUUUACCAAUAAAGAACGUUUUCACUGAAAGUCAUUGAAAAUCCUUUUCAAAAUUUCCUUAAUUAGGUUUAUUUGAGUGACUUAAUGAAUUAUUGUAGAGCAUGAAUAACAUUCCCUGUGGUUUAAUCUCUUGUGGUGCAUCUUCUUGAUUGACAGAGAAGAACUGAAUUAUAGCAAUGUUUUCUCAAUUUCCCAUUACUGUUUCUGUUUUCAUUCCACCAAAAUAAAGGUGCGAAUUUUUCUUAA